AUGUUUUCUCGUAUUUCAAAACCGCCUUUUUAUUCUACUGCAUCCUUUUUAACAUCUAAAUCCUUAAAACAAAAAAAUUUAACUAGCGUUAAGUUAAAACCAGUUUCUCAUACAAUUUUACAUUCGCCUUUCUCCAGCUAUCAUGAACAAAAAUUAAAAGGCUGGCGAAAAUAUGCAUCUCAAUUUCGUUCAAAACCAGCAUCUUACGUAAUUUCAUUUGCUGUUUUACAUGAAUUGACAGCAAUCGUACCAAUUCCAAUUAUUUAUAUUUUCCUUUCAGCUACUGGCAUUGAAAUACCUUUUCCGCAACAAGUUUUAGACGAAGGAAAUAAAUUUAUUAAUAAAGUUGCAGUUUAUUAUGGGUACUCACCUUUUGAAGAUGGGAGUAGAAAGCUUUUGAAUCUUGCCACAAGUUAUGCAAUUGUUAAGGCAUUAAUGCCUGUUCGUAUUGCGGCCUGUGUAAUGAUGACUCCUUGGACGGCAGAAAAAGUUGUAGGGCCUAUUACUGGC